ACAAGAGGGCGUGUCGUGCAUCGCGGCGUCUAGGCUCGCGAGCGCCGCGUCCGCGUCUCAGCCCACUGGCCGCCUCUCCUUGGCAUGGGAAGCCUUCUGCACGAGCGCCAGUGCGUGGAGAGACUGAGCGUGUGGCCCGGGGAAGCGUGGAGCCCCGCGGAGGCGCCGUGGAGCUGCAGCAGGCCUGAUGGCGCCAGAGUCAAGAUGGGAAGGAGGCAGCGGAGGUUGGCCCCGGCCCCCUGCACGCCCGCAGGUCAAGAGACCCAGCAGACCAGAAAGCUUCAAUACAGAAGAAGGCAGAAGUCUGGCGCCACCUCAAGUCUUCAGCCAAGUGGCUCUCAGGUAACCAGCGAGUCGAAGCCUCAGCUGCCGUCACUGCCGGGCGAUGAGAGGCCGGGUAAAGGGGUCGGCAGAUGCCAGGCUCAGCGGCGCCACCACCUGAGCACCGGAGGGUGCCGACACACAGCAGCCUUUCCCUGCCACCGGCGCCUUGACUCCAGUCCAGAUCUUCCCCCCGAGGCUGCGGACGGCGACAGUGACACAGACUUGUCUGAGUCCGAGAGAGGCUGGGCCCUUCCCUGCGGCACGGAUCCUCCUGCGCUCAACCUGCGGCCAGAGGUCAUCCAGGUCUCUGAGGGUCCUUCUGUCAGUGUCAAGGCCAGACUGACUAACAGUGGCUCAGACUUCCCAGACUUCCUCCCGCCUCCAUUCAAUUCCUGGAGCCUCAGUCAGCUGGCUCUCUUCUACAACAUGGAAGGCAGAGGGGCCCCGCGUCCCCGACCCGUCGGCGCCCUGGAACGCUACUUGGAGAAACUGCUGCAGCUGGAGUGGUAUCAGAUCCAGAGCGUCCAGGAGGAGUCUGGAAAGUCCACCGUGGCCAGUGCGGCCAGCUGCCAGCGCUCAGUGUCGACCCGCCUCAGCGCUCCCAAGUGCAUCCUGCAGUGCCAGCGGGCCCUGGCCCUCAGCUUCCUGUCGUCCCUGGCCAACCACAGCGCCUUGCUCUCUGGCUGCGCCUGCACCCAGUGUCGGCUCCGCUACACCAGCGCCUGCGGGAGGUCGUGUUGCCGCGCCUCCGUGUCGCGUCAGUCCAGGCUGAGCCCCCUGCGUUCAGCCGGGGAGGGACGUGUUUUACCGAAGAGGAGCUACAGCGAGAGCCGGGUGCACGCUCCAGGCUGGGCGCCGUCCUGCAGGUCGCCGCGGCGGAGCAGCCCAGUCAGGGCCAACACCCAUCUGAAGAGGAUGCAAGCCUCAGGAAACAUGCGCAAUCCUGCUGCGCACCUCGACUCUGAAGCCGCCGCCUGUGACCCCAGGGUCAGGGCCGGACCCUGCGGUCGACGCAGCGGCUCGGAGCAAAGGAAACGCGACGCGGACAGGAAGGCCUCGGAAACGCGACGCAGCAAGUCUGAGUGUUGGAGAAGCGCCGGGAAGCUCCGGCACGAGGACAUCAAACCUGAUGCUGUGACUGCCAUCAUGGACAACCUGCCUGUGUCCAAGUUCUCCACAGCAAACAGAGUAAAACAGGUGGAAUUUGUCACAUGACUGACAUCAGUGGAACAUCACGUGAUGAAUGUACGUCGACCUCGGAGCCAGACCUCAUUGUCAUUGGUGCUAAAAUAUCAAAUAAAUUCUCCUGUUCCAACCAAACUUUCAACUGUGAUGGAGGAAAAGUUGACGUGACCUUGACAUGAACUUGAUCUUCAUGGUGCAUUUAUCGGGCGUCAUGGAAGAUGUUCACGUGUCACAACUUCAAUCAAGGUUUAUCAAGUGUCA